AUGGCUCCGCAGGUCGAGAACUUGGCUGGUGAGGAUACGGCAGUAAGUUCUCCGGUCGAUUUCGAUCAUAUUCGACUUCGAGUUGGAAAUGCUAAACAGGCUGCCUUCUGGUUCUGCGCUAGCCUUGGCUUCGAACCAUUUGCAUACAAAGGACUAGAAACUGGAAGCAAGGAACUGACAGCACAUGCCGUCAAAAUUGGAAGGAUAAUCCUCGUCCUCGAAGGCACGACCGUCCCUGACAACAAGAAUUUUGGCGACUACCUGACCAAGCAUGGAGAUUCGGUGAAAGAUGUUGCCUUUGAGGUUGACAACCUCGAGGUAUUCCUUGAGCAUGCACGGGCCAAGAAGACACGAAUUGUACGCGAGAUGACGGUGGAAUCUGAUGAAAAUGGGACUGUGAAAAGCGCCUCGAUACUUGCGUUCGGUGACGUCAUCCACACACUAAUCGAGCGAAAAAACUAUCGUGGGUUGUUCCUGCCUGGAUUCCGGAAGCACCACUGGGACGGUCAAUGCUUCGAGAAUAUGCCAAAGACGAACGUCAACACCAUUGAUCACUUUGUUGGUGCCCAAAAGGAAGAUGAGAUGGAAUCGGUAGUCGAGUGGUAUGAAGACAACCUGCUUUUCCAUAGAUAUUGGACCGAUGGCCCGGAGUAUAUCACGACCGAAAAUUCUGCUCUUUCCGCGAAAUUUGAGGCCAGCGAAAACGAGAAGAUACAGAUUGUGGUGGCCAAGGGGAAUGAAGCUCUGGGAAAAGGGACAAAUCAAAUUCAAGAAUUCGUCAACUACAACGGCGGCCCUGGCGUUCAGCAUGUCGCGCUGAAUACCGACGACCUGGUGGCAACGGUGGAGGCGUUGCGAGCACGUGGCGUUGAACUGCUCGAUGUCCCCGCCAAAUAUUACGAAUUAGUUCGGGAGAAGCUGAGCACCAGCAAUUGUCCGAUCGAAGCCGACAUCGAUCGACUCCAAGAAUUGGGCAUCUUCAUCGAUUUCGACGAGAAGGGCUACAUCCUCCAAAAAUUUACUCGCCCUCUCGAUGACCGCCCGACGCUGUUCUUUGAAUUUAUUGAGCGCCACAAUUUUAAAGGCUUCGGAGCUGGGAAUUUCAAGGCCAUCUUCGAAGCGAUUGAAAGGCAGCAAAUCACGAGAAAUACGUUUUUC